GCCCCGCCCACCGAGCGCGCGCCUGUCUCAUCUGUUUGCGCCUCACAGCCCACAACACCGCAGCGCACGGACAGCUAGCUAGCUAACAAGUGAGUGUGUGAGUGCUCGUGUCCUCCAGGCUGGGAUGGCAGCAGGUGGAACCCUGGGGCCAAAGGCCCCUGAAUGUAUGACCAAGGUGGCACUGAGCGUCUCCUGUGAGAAUCUGCUGGACAUGGACGUGUUAUCCAAGUCUGAUCCACUGUGCGUGCUUCUCAUGAACAGCUCGGGGCCUCAUUGGUGUGAGAUUGGCCGGACGGAGAGGAUCCAGAACUGCCUUAAUCCCAAGUUUUCCAAGACUUUUGUCAUUGACUACUACUUUGAGAUGGUGCAGAAACUAAAGUUUGUGGUGUACGACAUCGACAGCGACAACAACAGUCUGCAAGACGCUGACUUCUUGGGAGAACUGGAGUGUACCUUGGGACAGGUUGUUUCCUCAAAGAAACUGACACGGCCGCUCGUCAUGAAGAACAAGAAACCAGCGGGGAAAGGAACCAUCGCUAUAUCUGCUGAAGAAAGAACAGACAACAGGGUGGUGGAAUUUGAAGUUGCAGGUAGAAAGCUGGAUAAAAAGGAUUUCUUUGGCAAGUCCGACCCUUUCCUGGAAUUCUACAAGCAGGCGGGAACUGGAUGGCAGCUCGCUCACAGGACGGAGGUGGUGAAAAACAACUUAAACCCAACAUGGAGACCAUUCAGAAUCCCGAUGCAGUCCCUCUGUGGAGGUGACGUGGAGAAAUCUAUAAAGGUAGAUUGUUAUGAUUACAACAACAGUGGAUCUCACGACUUUAUCGGAUCAUUUGAGACAACGCUCUCCCAAAUACAGCAGGACUCACAAACAUAUGCGGUUGAGUUUGAAUGCAUAAAUAGCAACAAGAAACAGAAGAAGAAAGGAUACAAAAACUCUGGCGUUAUCGUAGUAAAACAAUGCAAGAUAGUGAAGGAUUACACAUUUCUGGAUUACAUAAUGGGAGGCUGUCAGAUCAACUUCACUAUUGCCAUUGACUUCACCGGCUCUAACGGGAAUCCCAGCUCUCCCCAGUCCCUCCACUACAUCAACCCUGAAGGCUAUAAUGAAUACCUGGCUGCUAUCUGGGCAGUGGGUAAUGUCAUCCAGGACUACGACAGUGACAAGAUGUUCCCUGCGUUUGGAUUUGGAGCCCUGAUCCCCCCCUCGUGGCAGGUCUCUCACGAGUUUCCCAUCAACUUCAACCCGGCGAAUCCGUUUUGUGCAGGUAUCGAGGGAGUGGUCCAGGCCUACCAGCAGUGUCUGCCCCAGGUGAAGCUUUAUGGCCCCACAAACUUUUCCCCCAUCAUCAACCACGUAGCCCAGUUUGGGAAGCAAGCCAGGCAGCAGGAAACCGCCUCUCAAUACUUUGUUCUGCUGAUCAUCACCGACGGAGUGAUCACAGACAUGGAUGAGACGCGCAGCGCCAUCGUCAACGCCUCCCGCCUGCCCAUGUCCAUCAUCAUCGUUGGCGUCGGGGGGGCCGACUUCAGUUCCAUGGAGUUCCUGGACGGGGACGAUGGGAACUUACGCUCCCCUGCCGGCGAGGCGGCCAUGCGAGACAUCGUGCAGUUCGUGCCCUUCAGGCAGUUCCAAAAUAGUCCUCCUGAAAUGCUGGCUCAGAGCAUCUUGGCAGAAGUCCCAGGACAGGUGGCGAGCUUCUUCAAGACCAUGCGCUUGAAGCCCCCCCACAGCGACACGCCUCUCCCCUGACCUCUCGGCGUCGGCACCCUCAGUAUGCCGGCAUACAUGAGCAUGCGACAUCCAGUCUAUGCAGGCAUGCUAUGAUUUGUAAAUACUACGUGCCAUCCAUAUAAAGCCAUAGUACACCGAUUAUGUGUACAUUUCUUAACAUUUACUUAAAUAUUUAAUGUGAUGCCUCUAUACAUCUCAAUGUGACUCUAGUGCCAGGAUUGUUAGGACUUACGGUCAUUUAUUGUUUGAUUGAUCUGCACAAUCUGCUGUAUUCAUUUAUAUUAAUAUGACUUGAAUCAAGGUCAUUGGUGCAACCAGCUAUCAGUCUUUCUAUAAACGGGUGGAGCUCUUUACGUGUGCUCAUGUUUAUGCUCAUAAUGAAGCAUAUGUUUACAUAAUGGAUCCUAACACAAUGGAUUAAUAACUUUGCCUAAAUUAAUGCCUUUUGGAGAUUUUUACACUUUACUUUUCACCCUUGCUGCUUUUUUGUAGGUCAGUUUUUUAUUUGAUUUCUAUUCGGUAUUUGAUUUUGAAAUCAUUUUGUGAUACGAGUGUUCACAAUGGAAGUGAUGACAUCAGUGAGCUUCAUGCAUGCAGCCGUCUUGUAUGUUUGCACCGAUGUACACGAGAAGCUCACUCUGUCUUAAGAGAUCGUAAAACGUAUCACUGUACUGACUGUUAAGUAAAUGGCCUUAUACAUUUCACUAAGUGCACAUGUAUUUUUAAUAUACACUGAUUAACUGUGGCAUUGCCUUUAUUAUACUUUGUCAUUUACUUUGUUUUUGUUGAUAUUUUAUGUGAAUAAAUGCAAUGCAAGAAACAAAGACAAAUCAACCUACAAAGUAACGCGCUUCUAUUACAGUAUUUCUUUUUUUGAAAUAAAGAUAUUAGAUCAUUA